AUGGCGCGAGACCACCUAACCAACGAGGAGUUCUUCACACGGCUCGCCAAUCUUUUCGAGUACACGCGCACCAAAGGCCACGGCAGCGUCUACCUAGUCCAGAAGCGCAUGACAUUCGGUACCUCUGCUACACCUCCUCCAGCCAGCAAAGUCGCCGACGAUCCAUUAUGGGACACACAUCCUGACGAGCCAUUACCUGUCCUGAUUCGCGCACAUAACAACGGGAGCGACAAGAAGGCAGGCACCGACAGAGAGGACAUCCCCAAGAUAAUAUUGAGCACUGUGGUGAAGCCAGACGACUUGGACGCAUUCUACGCACGGUAUGCUGAGGCGUGUAAGACAGGCAUGAGUGGGCUGAAGAAGCGAGACAAGAAGAAGGCGAAGAAGACUAAGAAAAAGAAGAAGGGCGAGACCAAAGUAUGA